AUGUCGUCCAAGCCGCCCGCGGAGUCGCCCGCGUCGCCAUGGAAAGCCGCGGAGAAGAAGCAGGCGGACGAGAAAGCCGCGGCGGAGGAGUACGCCGAGGCCGCGCGAGUCGCCAGGGAGGAGCACAUCGCCGCGUGUAAGAUUCAAGCGCAGUUCAAGGGGCACUUCGUCAGAAGGGAGGUCGCGCUGAAGAAGAAGCGCGCGGCCGAGCACGCGGCGUACGAGAAGGGGUACAAAGAGCGCGAGGCGAGGAUGGCGGCGAGGGAGGAGACGAAGGCGAUGCUGAGAGAGCUCCCCGCCGCGGAGGUUGAGGAUUGGCUCCGGCAGCAAGAGAUCUCGAGCGCGGUGACUGUGCAGAAAGAGUGGCGCCGGCACAAGGCGAAGAAGCACGUCGAGCUCGAACGGAGGGAGCAAAACACCGCGGCGAUCCGAAUCCAAAAGAGCUUCAAGAAACACAAGAACGAGGUCGAGUCCGGGGCGAAGCGAAGCAACGUCUCGAAGGCGAGGGUGAACAAAUUCAUCGUCGAGCCGGACGCGUUGGACGUCGUCGCGUCCGUCGCCGCGGAGAUGACGACCGAGGACUACGCCCCGCGGGUGAUGACCUUAAAGCAGCAGUCCGUGGAGGCGGUCAUGGCGACGCGGAAGUUUGAGGCGGCGAGGGACGUCGCGGCGACGACGGCGGCGUCCGACGGCGUCACGAUGGAGACGUUUCGCGCCGGCCGCGAGAAGACCCGGACGACGCUCGCGCGUUACCGCGAACAGACCGACGCGAGGGCGGAGGCGAAGGCGAAGCGAGACGCGAUCUUCCGCGAGACGGAGAAGGUGUUCCGAGCGCAGCGCGCGCAGAAGCACCAGUCCCUCGCGGAGCUGAGCGGGUUCGCAACGCCGGCGUCGUUUGCUUUCCCGGCGGGGACGGAUGAAAAGUCCAUCGCGUUGAGGCAUAAAGAAGCGCUCGACGCCGCGGACUGCGAGAGGAAGUGGUGGAAGCCGCUGCUGUCGCUGAACCGCGAGCAGAGGGUGCUGGACAAGCAAGAGGAGGAACGGAGACGGAAAGUCGGAGAGACGGGCGCGAGCGGCGGCGGCGGAAGCUCUCCGGGGAGCGGCGGCUCAGGCUACGCUAACAACCGCACGAGGGCGGGCGUGAGGGACUCCGUCACGACCGCGACCGCGACGGAGGUGUAUUAG